AUGGUGAAACCUGUAAAACAGCAAGCAGGAUAUUCUGUUGACGCAGAUCUGAGAAAUAUGUCAUUUAAAGAGGAUGACGUAGAAGAAGGUGAAAAUGAAGAAUCUAUCUGGAACCACAGCAUAUUAGAAGAGUUUCCUAUUAUGAGUGUAAACUCCAAUGAAGAAAAGGCGAUCUGUUCAAUCGGCUUUCCUCAUGCUGGUUUUGUUCUGGAAGUGGGUAUCAUGGAUGGAACAUUCCAUGGAAGCGCAGUUAUUCAAGAUACGGAUGAGUUAGUUUAUGCAAUGUUUGAAUAUUUUCAAGGAAAGGUCAACGGAGCGUGUAAAUUGUACUAUAGCUCUGGCGAACUGUUUUUUUCUGGGUAUCUGAAAGAUGGAUAUCGUAGUGGAAGAGGUCAAGAGUUUGACAAAGAAGGCAACAUUAUCUUUGAUGGACUCUUUAGGAAUGGAUACAAAAUACCCCAAGCCACCCAAAUGAUUGAUAAAAAGAACUAUUGGAAAGAAAUAGGGAGUGAUGACAGAGUAGUUUCGAUUUGUAGGAAGAACGAAAGAGGAGAAAAUGAAGGGAUUUGCUACUUCUACUCAAGGGGGGAAUUGGAACGAAUCAGUGAGUGGCACAACGAUGUGGAAACACGAAUCUUAUACAAAUUCGAUGGAAAGAUCAUGAGAGAAUUCAUUGACAAUGUACUACGCUAUAAGGGAGAGUAUGUACAGAAACCGUCGAUGAAGAUCGUCCGUCAGGGACGAGGGACGUGGUAUGCUAAAGAUGGUGUUAAAGUGCGCUAUCAAGGAGACUUUAAACGAGGUCUAUAUCAUGGAAAGGGCUACUGCACCUUAGGGAAAUGCGAAAUAGGUGAAGGCUGGAUGUGUGGCAUACCAAAGAGUGUAUUGUGGGCAUUGUAUAUAUUGAUGUGGAUUCUGUUUGUCGUGUAUUAUCUGCUAUGGGCUUUAGUGUUUCCUUCUCAUUGGGUUCAAUUUGUUGUUGUUGCUACUAUUUUUUAUACCAUAGCCAUGUUUGGCCCUAUCAUCUUAGUAAUGUGUUGA